AUGCAUCAACUACUGUUCGUCUUGUUCACCUUGUUGCUGGUGGCUUCGCUCUGCUCCCUAGCCUUGGUUGUUCUUCGUCGAAAGCGACUGGCAAGAGAACAUGCCUCGAUGCUGCCAAUCCAUCACCAACCAUCACACCAGCGCUCGCCCUCUGUAAGCAAUUUUAACUACGGCAAGAACGACUCCGUCUUCGUAUACGACGAGAAAAUGAACCUCAUCCACAAUUCAUCAAGCCCAACUUCAGCGGCCGUCCCCGAGAUCCAUAUCACUUUCCCCGACGAAGAUGGCAAAUCUGGCUUGCAGCAGGGCCGUGUGGUUGUCGUCCACGUUACUGACUCUGGGAGCGUUGGGAUGGAACCGCUCCGCCAAGAAAACCUGCCACCUUAUCAGAAGGAAGAUGCCGAUCGAUUCCAGUCGCUCGAUCUCGAACGCAUAGGCGGGCUGAGGGAAAAGGAAUCCUCAGGCCCACGGUUCUCAUGA